UGCUAUGACCUCACUUCCGUGGUUGAAGAGGAAGACAACAUUGGAUGCAACAGUAACUAUUUAGUCGCACAGGGAUAUACAAAAAGGUCCUGUAUUUAACUAUUUUGUGUAAGGAAGUUGACGUCCCAAUAGUCAACAUGUUUUCCUUCAACAUGUUCGAUCACCCUAUUCCACGGGCUUUCCAAAACCGCUUCUCCACGCAAUACCGUUGCUACUCGGUGUCUAUGCUGGCAGGUCCCAACGACCGGUCGGACGUCGAGAAAGGAGGAAAAAUUAUAAUGCCACCAUCCGCUCUUGACCAGCUCAGCAGACUGAACAUCACCUACCCCAUGCUGUUUAAGCUGACCAACAAGAACUCAGACAGAAUGACUCACUGUGGUGUGCUGGAGUUUGUUGCAGAUGAGGGAAUCUGUUACUUGCCACACUGGAUGAUGCAGAACUUGCUCCUGGAGGAAGGAGGGCUGGUUCAGGUGGAGAGUGUCAACCUCAUGGUGGCCACCUACUCCAAGUUUCAGCCCCAGAGCCCAGACUUCCUGGACAUCACCAACCCCAAGGCCGUGUUGGAAAAUGCCUUGAGAAAUUUUGCCUGCUUAACCACAGGCGAUGUCAUCGCUAUCAACUACAAUGAAAAGAUCUAUGAGUUACGGGUCAUGGAAACCAAGCCGGACAAAGCAGUGUCCAUCAUCGAGUGUGACAUGAAUGUGGACUUUGACGCUCCGCUGGGGUACAAGGAGCCUGAGAGGAGGCCUCAGCACCACGAGGAGCCCACGGAGGAGGAAGGAGACGCCAACAGCUAUGCUGACAUGGACAUGGGAUUCCGGGCUUUCACUGGUUCUGGCAACCGCCUUGACGGCAAGCUGAAGGGCAUCGAGCCUAGCCCUGUCCCCAUUGAUCCCAGCGACAUCAAAAGGGGCAUCCCUAACUACGAGUACAAGGUGGGCAGGAUCACCUUCAUCCGCAACUCCAGACCCCAGCCCCGGAGGACCAUGGAGGAUGAUGAGCUGAGCAGGUUCAUCGCCUUCUCUGGGGAAGGACAGUCACUACGCAAGAAGGGCAGGAAGCCAUGAGGCUUUACGUCUUAACCUGGAGGCCCGGACUGAUUUAACACAGACUCUGAACGCUCCCAAACACAACACAAGGAAAUCAAUACAGGCCACGAUGACAACUGCGGUCGCUUGGUCCCUCAGAGCAAAGAUUUGCUGCUGCGGGGGCAUCGGAAAGGAAGGGUUUUUCAUUGUCUAAACGUAUUAUGAUCAUUUCCCAGUUUAUCCACGAUAUGAAACCGCUCAACAUUCAGCCUGUGUGUUUGAAUUUUGGGUUAUUUGUUUCACAGGUUGAGUCACAAUUUAGUUCCAUUUAACUUUCUUUUGGGGGGAAAUGUAGCCAAUGGAUUCCCCAGUUUUGCCCUGUCCUUCAUUUUGAAGGGCCACUGUCAAAUGUUAAGACAAAACGAUAGCCUACUUCUAAUAAUCACAUUGUUUCGAGUUGAAGGGUUUUCACAAUUGGGUUGGGAUGUAGGACCUUGUGGAUUAUGUCUAUCUUGGGUGAGUGGCAUGACUGCUUUUUAUUUUAUUUAUAAACUCUGACAUGAGGACUACUGCUUUGAAAUAAAGAACAUUCAGUA